AUGAACUUGGACGACCAGAUGCUCAGCAUCAGCAACUGCUUGAACACCAUCGCCAAGGUCGAAAGCCUCUCGUUUAUGAUCAUGACCAAGCACGACGUCACCGGCGUCAAACGAGUGUGGACGCUGGAAGGGUGGAGCGAAGACGACAACGAUCGCCAUCCCCAAAUUUGGCUCAUUCGUCCCGUGCUUAAGGAUGUCAUCACCAUCCACUGGGACCAUCAGAAUAAGACCCAGCUCAUGGCCCAGUACUACGACCUCUUCGUCCUGAUCUCCCAGAUCUGUUGUAAGGACUUGGCCAAGCAGUGGAUCAAGAUUAUUCAACCAAAUAAGCAGGCGAGCCACCCGUACAAGUUGGGCAACAGUUCCAAGCCGCAGUGGUGGCCGUUGCACGUCAACCACACCGAGCCCGACCACUUGGAGCGAGAAGGACGUAUUGAUGUGUUGAUGCUGAUCUUGAGAAACCCUCAAGUACUGCUUCAGCAAUUAGCCCAGCGGCUGCUGACGCUCUCGUGGCGGCCCCUGGCUCGUCGGUUACUCGACGAGAUCUUCUAUAUUGCUUGCUAUGACCGCUACUACCACUUCCACGACCACGAGUUUAGUUUGCCCUACGACUACCUGCGAGGCGUCUACUUGACGGUGUCGAAAUUGCGGCGCAACGACGCCAGAAUCACAAUGUCGCUGCUGAUUUACGAAAGCGACACCAGCGACUUUGUCUACGAGUACGCCGUCCCCGACUACCACCACUAA